AUGAAUCAGAAUCAAGGAUAUGGAAAAUUUAAUAUCCAUGAUCGAAGGAAAGGAAACAAUGCUACUCCUCAUUUAAGAGAGCAUAACAAAGAUUAUAACAAAAACAUUCAAAUAUAUCAAAGGAAUAAUAAAUUAAACCCUGGUAAUAUAUCUCAUAUAAAUUAUAUGAAUAAUGAUAUUAAUAAUUAUAAUUUUGUAAAUAAUAAUCAACAUGUACAAGAUAAUGGUAACAGCUUUAUAAAUAACUACAAUAUAAAUCCAAAUGAUAAUUAUAGUAAUAAUAACCUUAACAAUAUUAAUAAUAAUAUGAACAGUCAGGUGAUUUCUUCAAAUUACGUUAAUACACACCCUAUUUUAGGAAAAAAACAAAAUUAUAUGUUUAACAAUGAUACAAAUUCAAGUGGUAUAAAUAAUAAAGAUGUUAAUGUAAUAAAUCGAGUUACUAAUUAUAGUGAUAAAACUUUUGAAAAUAAUACAAAAGAAAUUGAUAACUAUCAAAUAUACAGCCAUAAUAAAAAUGUCACUAUGGCUAGUCAUGUUAACGAUGUAAGAACCAUCCAUAGUUUUUCCAAUAAUCGAAGUAUGGAAUAUCCUCAUAAUUUCACAAACGUCUCAAAUACAAUGAACAUUGUUAAUAACAAAAUAUUGAAUCCCGAAAUGAGUGUCAAAGAAAGUAAUCAUUUUAUUAAUGAUCGAUUACAAUUUGUUAAUAAUAAUAUGCACCAACCUAAUGAUGUGAUAAAUGGAAAUAUGUUAAGCAGCAAUGCAACGAAUGCCUUCCAAGCGAACACUUCCCAAGCGAACACUUUCCAAGCGAACACUUCCCAAGCGAACACUUCCCAAGCGAACACUUCCCAAGCGAACACUUCCCAAGCGAACACUUUUUUAAAACAGGCAAAUUUAUUUUUAAAUAAAGGAAUGGAAAUGAUGGGGCAAGGAAAUAUUAAUACAAAGAAUGUUGGAAAUGAUAAAGGAAUUGUUCAUAACAUUUUUGAAACAUUAACAAAAAAUAGCGAAACAAAUAAUGAAUUAAAUAAUUUAGUAAAAAGAGGAGUUGCAAAUGUAGUUAUAAAUGAAUUAGAAAAAAAAAUCGAAAUAAACAAUUCAAGUUUUAUUCGAAAUAAAUUAUCAACAUUACGAAAUUAUUUUAAUGUUACACAUUCUUAUGUACUUAAUAAAAUUUUAUUUAUAAUUAUUCCUUAUAUAUAUAUACAGAGAGCAUUUUUUGAAUCUAGAACAUAUUAUGUAUAUACUCAUUUAAAAAAAAAAAUGGAAACAAAUAUGCAAAAUAAAAAUUAUAAUUCAUCUUUUAUUUUUAAUGGAAAUUAUAAUACAUAUAAUCCUAACAAUGAUAAUAUGCACAACAAUAUAAAUAACAUACAAUUUGAAAAUAAUAAAAAUAAUAGCAAUAUUUUUUAUAAUGAUAAAAAAGAAAAUCAUGAAAUAGAUAAUAAAAUGAAUAAUAAUUUAAAUUAUAUAAAUUAUAAUAAUAAUAUUGGUAUAUUCCAAGCAGAUCUAUAUAUUCCUAUAAUGUCAAUUAUCACAUAUAUUUUAUUAUAUACAUUAACAGUGACAGCUCAAAAAAAUAACUUAAUUUUUAAUCCUGAUAAUUUAUUUAAUGCUUCCUCUUAUAUAUUUAUUUUAUUAUUUUUUGAAACAACUAUAGUAAAAUUAUUAUUUUUAUUAAUGUGUAAAGAUAUAAAUUUACCAUUUUUACACAUUCUAUCAUUUAUAUCUUAUAAGUUUGUUAUAAUGUGUGCAUUAAUAAUUACCAAAUUUUUUUAUUAUUUUUUAUUUUUUAUGUACACAUCAGCUUUUGGAGAUGUUGAUAAUUUGAAGAAUCGCGAAUUUGACAAAAGAAAUAAUUCACAAAUUUUCAAAAAUUUAAAUAAUAAUUUAUCUUUUCAAUUCAGUCCAUAUAAUUUAGUUUUAUUUUUAAAUAGCAAUCUUAUGUACAGAUUAACACAACUUUAUUAUUAUAUAACAGUAUCUAUACAAAUGGUUCAAUUGUUUAAAUCUAUUCAUUUAUAUGUUCAUGAUAAUUCAAAUUUAUCUAAUACAUAUAAUAUUAAAAGAAUAAAUUGUAUGAUCCUCAUUUUUUCAUUUUCGCAAUUUUUUUUGUGUUGGUUGCUUACCCCAUAUUUUAACUAA